GCAGGUGAAUACAUAUCUGGAAGCAAGCGAGCACUGGAACCUUUAUUUUGAGAUAUGAUAGUGUCUAUGCAAGAUAAGCUAAAUUUCGUGAACUUUUGAAAUUGCAGUCAUGUCGGCACACAGUCGAAGUGCAUUAAAGACAUCCAGCCUCAGUAAAGAGAAUGAAAGACUUUCCAAGGAAAUACAGAAAAUGGAGACGGUUUUGAAAAGACAUAGACAUAUACUUAAUGCUGAAGAAGACUCAUUAAGAGGACAAAUAAGGAAAGAGGUUGGUGGUGCUAAGUGGGUUACUGGUGCUAGGGGACAGCUGACUGGAUACAAAUCAAGUAAGACUCUUGGUAAAUAUCCAGCCAGCAAAUCUGAACCAAAAAAGAAAUCCAGAACUCAAGAGAAUGUAUAUAGAGGUGAAACCAAAGCUUCUGCUACAGCUAAAGAAAAAAACCAAAGAGUUACACCAUCAAAUCCAGACAUGCCUUCUUUGGGUCAGACAUCAAACCCUGGUCUGAAGUCUGAAGGUAGAACAUAUCAGGGUUUAUCAGCCAAAGGUAUUAGAGUCGGUAAGUCCCCUAAUAUAAACAAUGUAGAAGCUGUAGAUGAUGCCAAUGGUACAGCUCCUUACAGUGAACGAAUUGCUACCAUGAAAGCCAAAGUGCUUGCUAAAGCCAGUGCCAAAGUAAAAACACCGAAGAAGGAAUCCAGUCCCAAAUCUGUUGAGAGUGACGGUGAAAUGACCAAAGUUAUGCAGGGUGAUGCUGAAUCAAAAAUAGACAGUACGUUGACAAGUAAUAUUAUUGAAAAUAUUAGAGAUCCGCCAACCAAAGAUCCUAUACAUAUUUGCAUACCUGCUCCUGGUGUAAGUAGUUCAUCGGAGUCCAAUGAUGGAGAAACCUCUACUUCUAUUAUUACGCAACAAAUCUGUGCACAAAAUAACCUUAAAGAACACGUAACAAGCACAUCUGAAAUUAGUCAGACUAGAGAUGGUCGUAAGAAUGAAAACCUGAAGUUGGAAUGCAAUGCAUCCGGUAGUGAAUCAGAAUCUCAGGAUUCUGAAAGUCGGAAAAUCAUUCCUAAAAUAGUUGAUGGAGAAGAGGAGGUAAAUGCAGAUAGAGUAAGUGUUCCAUUACGACUGAACAAUGAGCCCAGAACUAAUGCCAACAGACCUCAUCCGGAUAAAGACCCCCUGUUGUAUGAUCCGGUACUUAGUGUCUGGAUGUACGGACUUAAAUUGCUUGAUACAGAGCAGUAUAUUAGAGUAUUUGUAGAGAAUGAAGUGACAAUGAAACGAUUAAAACUGUUGAAUGAAAAACAGCUGAGGGAGUUUGGUAUUACAUCACCUGGUCCACUAAGUAAAAUUAUGCAUGGCAUUAAACUGUUGAACAAAGAAGUCACUGCAUGUAGCCAAAAAUUUGAUUUGCAAAGAGCAAGUUCAGAAAUGUCAUCAACAAGGAGAGACCAAGCAAAGCAAAACAAUAUAAAAGAAUACCACAGUUCUGCAGGGAGUGUGACAAUAGAAGCCUCAGGCGGCCAUGGCCACACAAGUACAGAGAUGUGUUCACAGAAUAUAGAGGCAAGACAAGUAAGAAGUGCUGACACUACGGGCAUUGAGAAGAAAAUUCCUAAAAUAAGACCUGUCUCUUCUAAUGUUACACAAAGAACACUUGCAUCUGGCAUACAUGCUGCAAGUCACAAACUGAAGCGGCAACGUGAGCUGCAAGAAAAAGAGAAACAACAUCAAGAGAAGAUACAGAAGUUGAAGAAAGCAGAGAGAGACAAAAUGGCUGCUCAGUUUCACCUUAGAAAGAAGAUCAACAAAGAAAAUAAAAGAAGAAAAAGCUCUUCGUCAGAUGAGGUAAUGUCUGACAGAACACAUGACAGUGAGCAUAAUAGUGACGGCAUCGAAGACUUACUAGCUGUGUAUACUAAAG